AUGAUCCUGGAAGAGCUCAACGUUCCCUACGAACACAAGUUCAUCGAUUUCGCCGACCUGAAGAAGGAACCCUUCGAGUCCAUCAACCCUAACGGUCGUGUUCCCGCCAUUGAGGACCCGAAUACCGGCAUCUCCAUCUGGGAAUCCGGCGCCAUCCUCGAGUACCUGGUAGAAACAUACGAUAAGCGACACAAUAUCAGCUUCGCCGCCGGCUCGAAGGAGUACUACGAAACCAAGCAGUGGCUGCACUACCAGAUGUCCGGCCAGGGACCUGCGAUCGAGCGCUAUAUUAACGAGAUCCGUCGUGUUUCGGGCGUACUCAACCGAUGGCUGGAGAAUAAGGAGUACCUCGUCGGCGGCAAAUACAGCUAUGUCGACGCUGCUUUUGUGCCGUGGUUCAAUGUGAUGGCGUUCCUCUGGUCGGACAAGAUUGAUAUCGAGAAGGACUUCCCACAUGUCAAUUCCUGGUUGACCGACCGUAUUAAGUCUCGGCCGGCUAUUGCCAAUACGUUUGAUAACAAGGCGAAAGCCAUGGCUGCAGAAGGGAAAAAAGAAAUAUGUGUUGAGAAAGGUGCUUAUUCAAGACGACAAAGAUAG